GACUUCGGCAAGUUUUCGUCUCCUGACCUUCACUCCAUAGUCCUCAACCUCAUCCUCGAUACAUGUCCUUUGAACAACGAGACAAGGUGGAUAUCGAUGACCGCAGAAUCCUGGAUGGCUCGGUCGACCAAACAUCAGGUGAGAGACUGGAACUUUGCACUUUUAUUCGAGACAGCUGGUUGAGGAAUGGGUCACAGUGGAGAAGCACAGAAGACAAACUCCCCGACCUGGCAGAUUCUGAAACACCUUGCAAAACCCUUCUUGAAGCGCCCCCUUGUCACAGGUCUGGUCUGGUUCGUGCACCAUCAACCAACCGUGCACUCCUUGACAUCCCUUAGGAAAGCGACUGCUGGCUCUGUGCGCUUCCUAGCUUCCUAAUCGUCCUCUCUCCCGUUACCUCUUGUCCAGUUGAUCUGUGCGUUUCGUUCCAACUCGUUCUUUUCACUUACACCUUCGCUUUUGCCCGUCUUGGAUGCAGCUGUGCUUGCUUAAAGACUGGCCCUUCUUUGUCAUCUCAUCGAGCAGGUCUCGUUGCCGUUCACUACCGUCGUAACCACGACGUCUAACCCUCGUCUGAUUCCAAAUUGUACAAGGCGGACAAGACGAAAGACACUGUACUCUCACUACAAACGAAUACCUCUUCCUGCCUUGAGGAGACCCAUCUUUGGACCGCCUCAAGGGCAACGACAUCAAGCCGCAACGAUCAACCAUGGUGAACAAAAUCCUUCUCGUCUUUAUCGGCUUCGAUGUCGCCUUCUUCCUCUGCGCAACACUACUUCUUGUCCUGCCACUCUAUACACGCUCCAGCUUCGCCAAUAACAACACGGUCGACAACAUUGCCAACCAUCUCCUGCUGGAUAACACUCCUUUGACGGCCACGAUCGUGAACGCGAUUUUCAUGUACAUCACCUUCGCCGUGUCUCUCCCCGCCCUGUUCAUCAAAACCAAUCGCACCUACCUCGUCGCCCACUGCUGGGGUAUUGUUUUUUCUGCGACCUUUACACUGGUCAUUGGCCUGACAAUCUGGUUCUCAACCCUCGAAACCCACAAGAACCUCAAGCCCAUGUGGGAGGCCCAGAGUGCGGAAACCAUUUCCAUGCUUCAAGCACGCUUCAAGUGCUGCGGAUACGACAAUCCGGCAUUGUUCGUCCGUGAUGAUACAUGCACAACUGCAGCUACCGCAGCCAGGUUGGGUGGAUGCAUGAUUCCGUUCGCUUCAUUCGCCAAUCGAUUCCUGGAUAUCGUCUUCACCAGUUUCUUUGGUUUCGUCGCAGUGGAUUUCUUGACAUUGUUGGCCGCGUGUUGUUUGAUCAAGGAUCGAAAGGAGAGACAGCGAUAUCGUUUGAUCGAUGAGAAGAGGGGGUUUGGAGGGAUUUGAGGGGAGGGAAGUGGUGGAUCGAAUUACAUGAAGGAUGAACAUGCAGAGAGGAGGUUUUUGGGUCAAUACGUUGGACCUGGACCUGACAUGGAACCGUGGGAUGCUGUAUUUAAUGGGCCUGCCUCCCUUUUGAUGGCCCUUGGAUGGAUCCCUCCAACACGACACGGUAGAAAAAAUCGGCAGGCACAAUUGUCUCUUUCCCACCCAACUUUCGCUCGCUCCGAACCAAACAACCAAACAAGAACAUUCUACACUACCUACCUACCUACCUACGAACUCUGUCGAGCUUUUUGCCCGGCGUUCUACGAAUGCCACCCCCAUCGGGGAUGGGUGUGGGGGGAAAUCCUGGCGUUUCGUAUCUCGCGAUAUUUUGGGAACGUUUUCAGCCAUUUUUUGUAUUUCUACACGGUGGCACAAAUCUUAAGACAGAUAAAGACAGAUUAGGAAUAUCAAGACGACGAUACACGUGUCUUGAGACUUUAAGUGACUUUGAGGAUGUCCUGGAGCUUAGUUGAGAUAAGGGUAGAUGUGAUAUGCAGCGGACGCGUUACUCUGAGGAAUAACUCAUGACGUGACGUCAAAGACGCAAAGCCUACCUUAUGCAUGUAUACGAGUACCUACAUACUUCAACGACCGGUGUCCUUUGACUUGA